ACAACCGUCGGCCACGAUCGGUAUCUCCAUCUUUAUCCGGCCUGGCUUGAUAACUAAAACUUGUGUGUGCGUAUACCAGUUUGGUUGAAUUUAAAUUCUCAAAACCGUUCGUCCUUGUGUCUAGCUGAAUCAAAGCGGACAUCCGUUAGAAACGUCCUUGGCUUUACACACCUUGGUCGCUCUGUGCCGGUUUGGACUCAUAAAACCAUGCAUCGCAAACGAAUUGCGCCAUCAACGGUGCCGCUCUAUGUUUGCACUCUGAUCCUGAUCAUACUAUUCUCGAGCGCGAUCGACGAUGUAGCAGCCAGACGUGGACGCGCCAGAGGUCGCACGAAAUCGAGGAUGCAAAUCGGUCUGCCAAUUACCGGUAAAUAUCGCGACCCAGAGUCGGAUCAGUACUACAAUAAUAACAACGGUGCAAAGAUAACGUUGGCAUCACACUUUGACUAUGAAUACGUUCUGGGACACAAGAUUGCAUUUCUGUGUGUAGCCCGUGGAUCACCGCGACCAACCAUUACUUGGUUCAAGGAUGGCGUUGAGAUCUUCAGCCACCUUUAUCUUCACGUUCACGAAUGGAACAUUGGGAAGGAUAAGGUAAAGUCGAAGAUAGAGAUCGAUCCGGCGACCCAAAUGGAUGCCGGAGUUUACGAGUGUACGGCAGAUAAUAUGUAUUCAAUCGAUCGACGAAGUUUUAAGACCGAUUUUUCGAUUGCGUUCGAUUAGUGAAGAACGAGCUGAAGGUACUAUGGCAGAGAGCCAACCGAAGGUAUCACGGCUGUCCUUCAGCCGUGUGUGAGCACAAACGUAAAAGUUCCUGAGUGUAGAGUAGCAAAUAAACAUA